UUAAAUCUUUCUAUGUCUGUGGCUUCUCUCUAGGUUUCAGUUGUUGUUUCCAUUAAUAUUACUUUAAAAUAAAAUUAAAACAAUACCGGAAAAAUUUGGUUGUCUUUUGAAAUCUGCUGGUAUUACAGCUACAUGUAUUAGACAUUUAUAUUUAUUCAACAGUAUGGAUGAGGAUAAACAGUCGCCAAAACAAGACGAUAAAGAAGACAGAGUUAUUUCAGAGAAUGAAACUAUAGUACUGCCUGAAACAGAUAGUUCGAAUACAAUCUCUAAUGACAAAUCUUGUGAAUCAACUGAAGAUUCCAAAGAAGAGUCUGGAGAGGGUUCUACAUGCUCCAAAAAUUAUGAAGAUGACUCGAAAAUUAAAACAAUAGAAACCUCAACGGGUACUCUCAUCACUGAUAAAUCCCAAGGGGAAUCAGAUGAUAAACUUGAAAAGAGUAGUCGCGAUAACUCUCCUGUUGUAGAAGAGAGUAACAGUCAGUCUACACAAAACAAAGUGACUGAUUCAACUGAGGACAGUAAUUUAACACCAGAAAGUGACAAAGAUUCUCUUGAAGAAAAAGAAUGUAGUACUUUUGCAUCCACUAAAGAAAGUGAUAUGGAGAAUGAACAAAGUGAUAAUACUGAAUUUGUUCAGGUCAACACUGAAAAAGAUGAAAUUGAAAAAGAUACAAGCAAAGGGGAUGAACUGCUAGAAGAUCCAAUUGGAGGAGAUGAAAAUGAUACUGAGAAUAUAGAUUCUAUGGCGGAAGGUGCAGAUGAAGAAAUAUGCAUUAUACCAGAUACACAGAGGGUUUUAUCCCAAGAAGAAAAAAUUACUGCUUGUAAUUUAUCACCUCUGAAGGAUCUUUCAACAGCUACUCAAGAAGCUAAUCAAGCUACAGAAGUUCAAGAACUUACAUACACUGUAAUUAAGUAUAAAGAUGAUAACCCGCAGACAUGCUAUAAAUGUGGUUGGGUUCGUAAACCAAAAUAUCAGUUCAAAAAAGUGGAGAAUCAACAAUAUCUGUGCAAUGAUGAGUGUUUGGAAGAAUUUAAGAAUACAGAAACAGGCAGGAUAGUUUUAAACUGGGAUUCUGAGAUAAGAGUUAAAGAUUUGACUUCUAAAAAUGAGGUUACAGUAUGCAAAAGAACCUGUGCUAGUUGUCACGAUCAAAUAAUGAACGAAGAUUCAAACCUUACAUGGGAAAUUAUGGAUUUUUGUAAUGAGAUUUGUUUGACUAAGCAUCAAAAAGAAAUAGGAUCCAAAUGUUCAAAUUGUCAAGGAGACGUCAAAGCUAAUUCUCUUGGAAAAUAUUGUGUUAGAUUUGGAAACGAUAUUCGUCAAUUUUGCACGAGUAAUUGUUUAGAAAACCAUAAGAAAGGUCUCAAGGUGUGUUCUUACUGCCAACUCGAUAUGUCCACUGGAGCUGAAGCCUUCCUGGCAGUAGGAGAGAAAGGACAAAUUAAAGACUUCUGCUCCCAAAAAUGUAUGGAAAAUUAUGAUAUAUUGACAAAUAAUAGACCCCCUAAAGUAGCUGAAGGCACACAAUGUUGCGUUUGCAAACUAAGCAAACCUAUAACGUUAUCAUUCAAUCACGACGAAACUGACAACUAUUUUUGCAGCGAACGUUGCUUCGUUGCCUUCAGCUUUGUCAAUAACAUCAAAUCCGCAAAGUGUGCUAUGUGUCAAAGGAAUUUCUCGAAAAAAACUCUAGAACAACAUACGAUGUUCUACGAAAACACACAACAGAGUUUCUGUUCAAAUAGCUGCCAAAACAUUUACAUAAUAGCACACAGAAAAAUUGUUCCCUGUACUUGGUGUAAAGUGAAAAAAUACAAUUUCGAUAUGAUCCGAAGAUUCAAUGAGAAUGGACCAUUGCUCAAUAUGUGCAGCGUGAAUUGCUUAAAUCUUUAUAAGGUGUCUUUAAACGCCGUUUCUUCCAAAAAAACGCAAUGUGACCUUUGUAAAAAAAGUCUCCAAGCCUUGUAUCAUCUUACCAUGUCCGAUUCCUCGAUUAGAAAUUUUUGUUCUUACGGCUGUGUUAUGUCGUUUCAAAGCCAGUAUAAUAAGUCACCUAUUACUCUAGCGGAGGAUCAGUUUCCAGUUCCAACAGGCACUCCGAAACGUAGUAAAAGACUUGGUAAAGGAACCGACACUGUUAGUAGAGCUGUCGAAACAAACCUACCGGUUAUCAGUCGAGUGCAGAGUUUGGCUGCCAAUACUAACGGUGCAGUACCAACACCGAGAACUACUAGGUCUAAAGCAUCUAUUGCUACUUCCACCUCUAUGUCUCAAACUUCUGUCACACACCAAAAUAACAUCGAGAUACCUGUCCAGGUAAAGCAUCAUAUUAUAGUUAAACCUACGCCAGUUCCAAGUCAACGAAACGUAGCUACCUUAUGCCGUCCGCGCAUGUGCAACAAGGGAGUAAAUGCUGCAACUAAAGUGGAGCACGCCUCUGUCCAAACUGAGAAGAGAGAAGCGGAAAAAAUUUUGAUUCCCGUCCCUGUUCCGAUAUUUGUACCCCUACCGAUGCACAUGUUCUCCGCCCCUGUACCAAUACCGGUGCCAAUUCCUAUUCCUGUGCCAGUUCCCGUGUUCAUUCCAACAACAAGAAACUCCGCCAAUGGCAUAAUGAAGGAAAUUAAAAAAAUUCAAGUAAAAAUUCCAACGAAUCCAUAUGAGGCAGAACUCUUAAUGAUGGCCGAGAUGGUAGCUGACGAUAAAAAGGAAGAAAACACUGAUUCAGAAAGUGACGUAGAGGAUACAGUUGCAGAUGAUACUGGAGGUGGAAGUUUUAGUCCAGAACCGCAAGAUGGCAGUAAUACAUUUGGAGAUGACAUGUUACAGAUGGCUCUUAAAAUGGCAACAGAGCUUGACGAACCAGCUGUCGAUUUGGAAGGUGCUUUAACAGCUAGUACGAUUACAGCUUCUCAAACGCAGGAUGAGGUGCACCCUGAGGUGUCUGAAGAGGUUUCCUCUGAACAGUUACAUCUCAUGGAUAGAAGUCAAAGAGGACGCAAAAGAGCAUUACGUGGUAGUCCGAGACAAGGAACGAUAACGAAGAGGGGCCGAAGAAGUUUAUCUCAGCAUGUGGAAAUGCCUCUGAUGCAACCUGCACCGCCUCCGGAGCCUCAAGAGAAACCUGAUGCCAAUAUGUGUCUCAAGUAUACUUUUGGGGUCAACGCUUGGAAGCAAUGGGUUACUUUUAAGAACGCAGAGAUUGAAAAGUCUUCCAGAAGGGUGAAACUGUUCAAGACAGAAAUCUUACAGCUCACUGCCGAUGAACUGAAUUAUUCCCUCUGUUUGUUCGUUAAGGAAGUUCGGAAGCCAAAUGGAGCCGAAUAUGCACCUGAUACGAUAUAUUAUCUCUGUUUAGGAAUUCAACAAUAUCUGUUUGAAAAUGGGAGAAUUGACAAUAUAUUUUGUGAUGCGUAUUAUGAGAAAUUCACCGAUUGUUUGGACGAAGUGGCUAGGAGAUUCUCUGUACUUUAUAACGAUUCUCAUUACAUCGUUACAAGGGUAGAAGAAGAGCAUUUAUGGGAAAGCAAACAGCUUGGUGCUCACUCUCCACAUGUACUUUUAAGCACAUUGAUGUUUUUCAAUACGAAACAUUUCAACCUUACAACUGUAGAUGAACAUAUGCAAUUGUCAUUUUCCCACAUCAUGAAGCAUUGGAAAAGGAACCCUAAUCAAGCUGGAGCAUCGAAAAUACCUGGAUCUAGAAAUGUUUUACUAAGGUUUUACCCUCCUCAAAGUGCCAUACAGAAUAAUUCGAGAAAGAAGAAAGUUUACGAGCAACAGGAAAAUGAAGAAAAUCCCCUCAGGUGUCCUGUGAAGUUGUACGAAUUCUACUUGUCAAAAUGUCCAGAGAGUGUUAAAACCAGGAACGAUGUGUUUUAUCUUCAACCAGAGAGAUCUUGUGUUCCUGACAGCCCCGUAUGGUACUCAACAAUGCCAUUACCAAGGGAUGCAUUAGAAAAAAUGUUGCAUAGGGUUAAAAUGGUGAAAGAAAUCAAUGUUGCACUGUUGACAAGUUAAAAUGAUCAGCAAAACAUUUUUCGUAGACCGAUUUAUUCGAGGACUUCUUCUUUUAGUAAACUAUGUGUGAACUAAAUUUUGGUCUUCUUCAGUAAUAAAAACUGCUUAUGGACUUUAUGAUUCUUCAGAUACUUUAUUUUAUUUUUUUGGAAAAUCAAACCAUCUGAAGUAUAUAUAAGUUGAUUGUUCCAAUUCUGACUUGUAGAACUAAACUAAAGGAGAAAACUACAAUGGAGAAUAUUUUUAUUGUAAAUAAAGAGGAAAUUAUAAUUUUUUUAUUGUAAUGAAUAAACUUUAUGUAAGAUCUAA